GCGCUGACCACAACGCCGUAAAAAAGAUUAAAAAAAAAUAAAGGUGCCAGGGACGAACCAUGGAGAAGUAUGAGACAAUUUUGUGUUUGGGCAGAGGCGGAACAUCAGACGUGUUUCUUAUGAGGCACGUGGAGCGGAAGAACCUGUGCGCAGUGAAGAGGAUAAAGGUGGAAAAAAGAACUGAGCAAACACAGAGAGCCCUUCUCCAAGAAGCUGAAAUCAUCAGGAAGCUGGAGCACCCCCACGUUGUGAAAUGCAUCGAUGCCUUUGUGAACUCCGAGGACGGUUUAAUUUAUAUUGUGAUGCAUUACUGCGAUGGCGGAACCUUAGAUGAUAAAGUGAAAGGGAGAAAAGCACAGGGGUUUUUCACAGAGCAAACUGUGAUGGAGUGGUUUAUACAGGUUACCAUGGCUGUAGAAUACAUACACAUGGCUAAAAUACUACACAGAGACAUCAAAACCUCUAAUGUACUGUUGACAAAGCAAGGUGUGGUAAAGCUAGGGGACUUUGGUAUUUCAAAAGUACUGACCCAAACAAUGGAUAUGGCGUCCACAUGUGUUGGCACACCCAGCUACCUCAGUCCUGAGCUUUGCCAGGACAUCCCAUACUGCUGUAAGUCUGACAUCUGGGCUCUUGGUUGUCUCCUGUAUGAGAUCUGUGCACUCAGACCUCCAUUUGCUGCUACAAAUCUAUUGAGUCUAAUUAACAAGAUCACCAGAGGAGAAUACGAUCCUGUACCCGGCACAUUUUCAGAGAGCAUUUCUGCUUUGAUCCAGAGAAUGCUCAGCCUUAAUCCAGAAAACAGGCCCAGUGCUGCUUCUAUACUUGGAAGCGCUUUUGUGCAAGGUCACCUUCAGGCUUUCAAAGAGAAACAAACUGCUGUGACCGAAGGGAAAAUCACAGAUAUAAACAAAACACUGAGCCCUGAUGUUCGCAGUCAGUACCACUCAUGGGGAAACAAUGGACAGAUACUAGAAGCCAGUUCCACUGAUGUAGAAGAAGAAGAUUAUUUUAGCAUUAGUGCACAGAACAGCUGUUAUUAUCCUGAGGACUUUGAUGAAGAUGGAAGUCUGUCCUCGGAGGUACUCAGUGAACAAUCAGCAGGGAGUGCUGCUGAGUCUGUUGAGGCUCCGGAAGUUUCAGAGCAAGUUGAAUAUCUGGAUGACUUUGAGGAAGAUGAGGAAAAAGAAGAUGCUGACGCCGUAGCAGAUUCUGUCCCCCCUGCUGCUCUGCAGCCACAUGAGGCAACGCUGGUGGAGGAGUUCCAGCUGUGCGAUGCUGGAGGACUGACCAUCACACUGAAAGCACUGAAGGAGAAGGGCUAAAAAGCUUUGCAUCAUUAAAAACAUGGCAGCCGACCCCAAAUGUUAAAAAGUCUCACAGUCUAUUUGUUAAUAUUUUUCACGUACCUCGUUUAUGAAAUGAUAUUCAAAAAGCGUCUGCAGUCAUGGUGAGUAAAAAAAAAAAGUCCUUCCAACAGCUUGAUCCGAACAGAGGAGCCUGCAUAGAGCUGA